GUGUACAUAAAUAGACUCUUCAGCGUUGCCAGAUUUAAGAGCUGACUCUGGAAGAAGGUCACUGACGAGCUGGUACUGGGAGCGGGUCACUGUGGAAGUCGGUGUCAGCUGUCUGUUCCCCCGAGCUGCCUGGAUCUGAGAGCUUGUCGCUUCCCACCACCUACAGAAAUCCCACUAUUUCUCCUUUCCAUCGUUCUUAUUCCCGGAUUUCACAAUGAACGUCGUACCGUGUGCCCGCUGCGGCUAUGGCGUGUACCCGGCUGAGAAGCUAAACUGCAUAGAUCAGACAUGGCACAAGGCUUGUUUCCACUGUGAAAUCUGUAAAAUGAUCCUGACGGUCAACAACUUUGUCAGUUACCAGAAGAAGCCGUUCUGCCAGGCGCACAAUCCCAAAAACAAUUCUUUUACCAGCGUUUAUGACACACCUGUAAACAUCCAUGUCAGGAAACAGUCCGAGGCCGUCAGUGAGGUAAGUGGUUCUGUGGUGGAUGUGUGUGGUCUCAGGGUAGAGAGGUUCAGUGAGCUGCGCACACUCAACAAAGAACCCCCACUCGUCCCGGUUCCUCCCACCGGCCGCAGUAAACUCACCAGAGAGGGGUUCUUGCUGCGCUUCAGCAGUUACGCACAUCGUACAGCAGAUUCCAGACCAUUGUUUAGAGUUAAUGGUGAAUUUCUUCCCGUCCUGCAGCUGAAAUACAAAGAGAAGUACCAUACGCAGAUGAAAGGGCAUUACGAAGGGGGCGGCAUUGACCGGCGCACAUUACACGCCAUGAAGGCCGGAACCCUUGCCAGCAACGUAACCUACAAGUCUGACAAACAUGACAACACAGACGGGGAAUAUUAUUACCCAGCAACACUCGCCCCAUCCUACCAGACCACUAAGAAGCUGCUUCCACUAAAAGAUGUAAACUACCGCCAGAGUAUUGACAAGGUGAAAUACAGCUCUGUAAGCGAUACUCCGGAGAUUCUCCUGGCAAAGGUUAAUGCCCAACAGCUGAGUGAUUUGAAUUACAGAGCGGACUAUGAGAAAUCCAAGACUCACUAUACGCUCCCGCAGGACGUACCGGCAAUGGUGAAAGCCAAGGCGAAUGCUGCACUCUAUAGUGAGAACAAGUAUAAGGAAGACUGGAGGAAGAGCAAAGGUCAGGCCUUUGAGAUGAACCUGGACUCUAUGUCUAUCACUUCUGCUAAGGCGUCGGGAGACAUCGCAAGUGAUAUCAAGUACAGAGAGGAAUAUGAAAGGAACAAGGGGAAGGCGGCAGCCAACAGCGACUCCCGGCUCCUGCACUCUCUGCAAGUCGGGAAGCUGAGCAGUGAGGUCACCUACAAGAAAGAUUUUGAGGAGAGCAAGACGCAGUUCCAUUUGCCGAUGGACAUGGUGAACAUCACGCACGCCAAGAAAGCCCAGGCCUUGGCCAGCGACCUGGAUUACCGUAAGAAGCUCCAUGAGUACACCAUAUUGCCUGAGGACAUGAAGGUGACGUGGGCAAAAAAAGCCUAUGACCUCCAGAGUGAGCGCCAGUACAAAUCAGACCUGCAGUGGAUGAAGGGAGUCGGGUGGAUCACGGAAGGCAGCGUGAACGUGGAGCAGGCCAAGAAAGCCGGGGACCUAUUCAGUGAGAAAAAGUAUCGUCAGAAAGCCGACACGCUGAAGUUUACCAGCGUAGCCGACAGCCCGCACAUUCAGCACGCCAAGAAGAGCCAGGAGCUCCAGAGUGACAUUGCGUAUAAAUCCGGUAUAGGGGAUCUCCUCCAUCACUACACAAUGCACAACGAUGAGCCCGUCUUCCAACAGGCCAGAAUCAACGCGGCCAACCUGAGCGAGAAGUUGUACAAGAGCAGAUGGGAGAAGCAGAAGGAGAAAGGAUUUGAGCUGCGUCUGGAUUCCUUAUCCAUUCUCACAGCCAAGGCGAAGCGUGACCUGGCCAGUGAUAUAAAGUAUAAGGAGGGGUAUGAGAAGACGAGGGGCAAACUGAUCGGGGCGCAGCGUGCGGACGGAGACUCCCAGAUGUCCCAUUCUCUACAAAUGACCAAAAUGCAGAGUAAUCUGGAAUACAAACGCGGAUCUGAGGACUCGAAGAUACGCUAUAACGUGUCCAUGGAUAUGCUGGACAUGGCGCAUGCAACCAUGGCCCAGGCCUUAGCCACCGAUCGCGGGUAUAGGACCUUUCUCCACCGGUACAGCGCCCGCCCGACUGACAUGAAGGUGCAAUGGGCGAGGAAGGCAUAUGACCUGCAGAGUGACAACCAGUAUAAGUCGGACCUAAAGUGGAUGAGAGGCGUCGGCUGGAUAACGGCGGGCUCGCUGGAUGUGAUGCAGGCAAAGAAGGCGGACGAGCUCAUUAGCGAGAAAUCGUACAGGCAACUGCCAUCUGCGCUGAAGUUCACCAGCGUCCAGGAUACGCCGGAGAUGAUCCAGGCCAGGAUUAGUUACAACCAGGCAGUGGACAGCAAAUACAAAGAACAAGGAGAAAAUAUAAAACAUCAGUUUACGGCCACGGCGGAGCUGCCAGAACUUCUACAAGCAAAACUAAAUGCCCUGAACAUCAGUGAGACACGUUACAAGGAGUCCUGGAGCCGGCUGAGGGACAGCGGAUACAAGCUGAAGCUAGAGGCCAUUCCCUUCCAGGCCGCAAAGGCGUCCGGGGAGAUUAUCAGCGAUCAUAAAUAUAAGGAGGAGUUUCAGAAAUGUAAGGGGAAGAUGAUUGGUCUACGGAGACUGGAGGACGAUCUGAACCUCGCGCAUAGUGUACACGCAGCGUCUCUGUCCAGUGAGGUGCAGUACAAGAAAGACUUUGAGAAGAGCAAGUCCCAGUUCCACCUGCCGAUGGAUAUGGUGAAUUUGGUGCACGCCCGUAAGGCCCAGGCUUUGGCCAGUGACCAGGAUUACAGGCAUUUACUUCACCAUUACACGGCGCUGUCUGAUGACAUCAGACUUAUGUCGGCUAAAAGGGCCUAUGAGCUGCAGAGCGAGAAACUCUACCGGUCUGACCUGAACUUUAUGCGUGGCGUGGGAUGUAUCACCCCAGGAGCUCUGGAGAUAGAGGAGAGGAAGAGGGCCUCAGGCCUGAUCAGCGAGAGAAAAUACCGACAGCUACCACAUCAGCUCAAGUACACCACAGUGACCGACACGCUGGACAUCCUGCAUGCGAAGUUCAGCAACAAGAUCACCAACGAGCGUCUAUACAAGGCGGCAGGCGAGGACAUGAUCCAUCAUUACACCACCGUCCUGGAUUUACCGGAGCACGUUCAGGCCAGGCUCAAUGCAGCCAACAUCAGUGACAUCAAAUACAGGGAAUCGUGGCUCAAUAUGCGGGCGCAGGGCCACAAGCUGACGAUGGACGCACUUCAGUUCCAGGCUGCAAAGUCCUCUGGGUCGAUCGCCAGUGAUUACCAAUACAAGCACGACUAUAUCUCAGAGAGAGGGAAGCACAUCGGCGCCCGGAGUAUCCUGGAUGACCCCAAGAUGCUGCACUGCCUUCGCGUCGCCAAGUUACAGAGCGAGCAGCAGUACAAGAGGGAUUCCCAGGAUCUCCGCUCCCAGUAUCACCUGACCACGGACAUGAUGGAUCUGGUGCACGCCAAGAGAGCCCAGGCGUUAGCCAGCGACCAGGACUACAGGGUGCUCCUCCACCACUACACCACGGAGCCCGGCGACAUGAGGCUGCAGUGGGCAAAGAGGGCUCAUGAGCUACAGAGCGAGUCUCGUUACAAGUCCGACUUAAACUUCAUGAGAGGAGUCGGCUGGGAGGCAGCGCAGUCCCCCCAUCUACAGAGCGCCAAGAGGGCCGGAGAACUGAUCAGCGAGAGCAAGUAUCGCCAGAAACCAGGAUCCGUGCCGUUCACCGCGGUCACAGACUCCCCCAGCCUGCUCCAUGCAAAGAACAGUUAUCUGCAAAGUAGUGAUCGACUGUAUAAAUCGAGGGAUGAGGAAUCUCUGCACAGGUGCACGCUGCCUCCAGACCACCCGGACUUCAUCAGAGCCCGAAUCAAUGCUUCCCAAAUAAGUGAUAAAGCCUAUAAGGUCCUAUGGGAACAGUCCCGGGCAGCUGGCUAUGACCUAAGGCUGGACGCUAUUCCUUUCCAGACCGCCAAAGCAUCCAGAGAGAUCGCCAGUGACUACCGCUACAAAGAAGCCUUUGUCCAGGACAGGGGCCACCAUAUUGGAUUCCGCAGUGUGAGUGACGACCCGAAAACACAGCACGUGAUGAGGGUCAGCAAACUGCAGAGUGACAGGGAGUACAAGAAGCUGUCCGAGGAGACUCGAUCCCAAGUCCGGACUCACAUGGACCAGCCGGGAUUCAUCCAGGCCAAGAAGAGCCAGCAGCAAGCCAGCAACGUCAACUAUCGCCAGCCCCUGCACGACUACACGUGCGACCCCCAGCAGCUGACGCUGAAACACGCUAAGCAGGCGCACAGUCUGCAGAGCGAUGUGAAAUACAAGUCUGACCUGAACUGGAUGAAGGGUGUGGGCUGGACCCCUCCUGGUUACUAUAAGGUAGAACUCGCCCGCCAGGCUGCACAGUUAGCGUAUACACAGGACGGAGAUCUCACAGCAGAAGCGCAACACUCAGCGGGUGAAGCAGACGCACACUCCCUACACCAAGGCACUGUCAACGCAGACGCUUCAGAGAUCCUCCAGGUGAAACGGAGAAGAGCGCUGCCCAUGAAGAAGUGAGCGAGUCUGGAACCGGGACCCGAUGCGUCACAGCAAAGAGACAUAUUUGGCGGCUGUUGCAUUACACAGUUAAUCCUGCUUGCAUUGUUCUGCACUAUUCAGUUGGCUAUUAUUACUAUUAUUAUUAAUAAUGAACCAGUGAUGUAUUCAGGCGCCUCACUGGGAGCAUCUGUAGUAUUUAUUGCUAUAGAUUGGAGUACUGUGGUAUUACAGGGAGGGUAGCUGCACUUUCUUACUAUUGGUGCUUAGUGGGCGCGGAGUACCGAAUACUACCUCCAGGGGGCAGCGGUGUUGUAUUGUGAUCUAUAAGUAGAUCCUGAUAUUAGGAUAGGAGAUUGCACAGAAAGAGACUGAUCCUGUGGCGCAUGCAAUGCUGAUAUUCACGGAGCGGAGCGAUUAUUUUGCUACGGCGCGUAAAGCCCUAAAAACUGGAAGAACGCAUGCCUCACUUGGUGUGUACGCAGAGAGGCGCUGUUGGGCGGUGACUGGGAGGUUGCUAUUCAGUCCCACAUGCUAUGUACACAGGCGUUUAAUCACUUCCAUUGGAGGCCAUAGUGUCAGAAUCCGCCCGUAAGGGCCCCUGUUGCAGAUGAUGAAGAUGUGAGCAGUCUACUGUAUGUAUUAUAGCUGUGACCGUUGCACUGAGACACGCAACCUUGAGGCUGAUCCACACAGGGACCCCCAAACGGACGGGACCCCACAGACCGUACCCCCUGGGGGCCGCACAUUGUGCCUUUGUACUAGCAGACUGGCAGGAUCAGUUUUGGACUAGAAAAAGAAAUGAAACAGAUCAUUGUCGUUAUUUGUAGAAUUCUGAAUUGUUUGUACUGAAUAAACGUGAGUAAUGCACCA